CAUCGCCGGGCGAGAUGUCCGGGCACCAGAAGGGCGGCGACAUCGAGGCGGGGACCUCCGGUGGCACUGCCACGGCACCGGCGCAGGUGCUGUACCCCGGGAUGGCGGAGAGCCCCGAGCUGCGCUGGGCGCUCAUCCGGAAGAUCUACGUCAUCCUCUCCCUGCAGCUUCUCCUCACCGCCGUCGUCGCGGCCGUCGUCGUCAAGGUCCGCGCCAUCCCCCACUUCUUCGUCUCUUCCUACGCCGGCCUUGGGGUCUACAUCUUCAUCCUCAUCUUCCCCUUCAUCGUGCUUUGCCCGUUGUACUGCUACCGUCAGAAGCACCCAGUCAACCUGCUGCUGCUCGGCGUCUUCACAGUGGCCAUCAGCUUCGCUGUGGGCAUGACAUGUGCCUUUACUAGCGGUAUUUGUCUUCCCACCAUGAACUCUGUUCCUGCCCGCAUUGUCUUCAGUCUCACUGCUUACACCUUCUGGGCUGCAAAGAGGGGCAAGGACUUCAGAUUCCUUGGUCCUUUCCUAUUUGCUUCUCUCAUCAUGUUGCUCGUCUUUGGGUUCAUUCAGAUCCUUUUCCCGCUGGGCAAGCUCUCUCACAUGAUCUGUGGCGCGCUGGCGGCACUCAUCUUCAGUGGCUACAUUGUCUAUGACACGGACGACAUCAUCAAGCGUUACACGUAUGACGAGUAUGUCUGGGCCGCCGUCUCGCUCUACCUUGACAUCAUCAAUCUGUUCACGGCCCUGCUGACCCUGUUUAGCGCGGGUGACAGCUGA